UCAUUUUUCGUUCCAUCUCUAGACUACGCUCGACCUAUUUUCAGAGAAAAAAGGCAAUAUUUUGCGAAAAACUGUUGUAACUAGACGAAAAACACCAGCUCGAGCAUCAAAAGGACCUUCUUCAUGCACCGAAGACCGAGGGCAGACCAGACAAUUGCAGUGUAAACCGAUGUGCGCAAAAUGAAAGUGACAAUCAAGUCAUGGACGGGAGUUGCAACUUGGCGUUGGAUAGCGAAUGACGAGAACUGCGGUAUCUGUCGCAUGUCCUUCGAGAGCACCUGCCCGGAGUGCGCGCUGCCCGGUGACGACUGCCCUCUGGUGUGGGGUGUCUGCUCCCAUUGCUUCCAUAUGCACUGCAUCGUCAAGUGGCUGAACCUACAACCGUUGAACAAACAGUGCCCCAUGUGCCGCCAGAGCUGGAAGUUUAAUGUGCAUUAGAGCACCUUACUAUCUAGUUUCAGUAACUAAACCCCACACAAAUCAGCAGAAAGAAAGAGAGUACCAGUAAGCUUUAUUGAA